UCGUGGUUUGAGGCGGCAGACGACAAGCAGCUUCGAAAUAGAUCGAGAAAUGGCGGGAAUGUUUUCUGUGGCAGAUGAUGGAGAGUCUGUGUAAGGAUAUCGAUAACCAAAUGUCAUCUCUGCUGAAAUGUUCUGACGCGAAGGAAAGUGGAUAUUGGUAUCGAUGGUCUGUAUUAUCCUCGCCGACCCUUCCAUUUGAGGACUUUCUCCGGUGUGAAUAGCACUGGUGGUGUAGUGCCUCCUUUAUAUGUACUGUGAUCAAUCGCCAUCGAUAUUCCAGCAGACACCCUCGACCGUCAACAUUGUUGUGUACACACACGUAUACCUUACAAUGUGCUGGGUGCCAAUGCACAGCUGUGACACACUGUGAUAAAUGUCUGGUACGAAUGUCAUAUAUUACAGUGGCUGGACUGUCGUUGGCGACACUCUAUCCGACACCUCCACCUGCAGGACAAGGACGUCGAGACGAUGAUUGGAGAUAUCAGGUACUCGCCUUUCCAUCCCCAUCAUCAUGGUAUAAUCUGUAUUACUGAUAUCUGCAUUCACUUAUAACGAUGUAUGAGUUCGUUAUCGAAGCUGAUUUUAACAGAUCACAUCUAAGGGAGAUAUGAAAAGCUUGCAGGAUCAAAUGAUUGGAACAUUUAUCCAUGCUUUUGCCGUGGUUGAACAGCUUGGUUUUGGAUUUGAGGAACGCUGUGAUGUUUUGCUGUGGGCGAGAGGAGGAAGACGAGGAUCCAAUGGCACAAGGGACUGGCAGACUCAAACAGACGAAACGCUCCACAGAAGAGAAAUUAUAUCAAACGAAAGCGAGAGCUGUCAGCUUAACAGGUGGCGCUGUAAGCAGAAGCAGCAGACGACACCGACAGCGGCCUCAGAGUCCACAGACUGCCGGCGCGUACGGAGGUGAUGGCGGAGGGAGCAUAGACAGGGACUCACCAAGUAAUGGAUCGAGAUCUCAUAACUCUACCUCCAAUGGAUGUGUCCCCGAUAUGGGAAUAAAAAGCAUAGCUAUGGAUAACUCGUACCUUGUCCAAACCGUGGAGAUUAAGAAACGGCCAGGCCAGACCUUGGGAUUUUAUAUUCGUGAGGGGGACGGUAUCGAUAGGCAAGAUGGAGUGUUUAUAUCUCGGAUUCAGAUGGGUACUGUUGCCGAAAGCAAUGGUCUGCUUCAUAUAGGAGAUGAAAUUCUUACCGUGAACAAAGUGGAGGUAGGUCAUAUGUCUCUCGAUGACGUAGUCAUACUAAUGUCCAUUCCAAAGAAAUUAAUACUCAAAAUACGAACCAAAAAAUCUUGCAAUAAGAAAAAUGCUUCAUGUCCGUCGUUAGCUAUAACUGAACAGGAAGAGCAACCACCUGUGGUAGUGCUUAAGAAAGGCCGGUCAUCUUCCGCCACUGCUUUGGAGGAGACCGAGAAAUGUCCGGAUAUAUUUGAGCCAUACACUUCAGGUGCUUACACUACCGAUUAUUUAGGACAGAAGCGUACAUCACGAUUUGAUAGGUCAGCUUCACAAUAUGCAAGUAUAUUUAUCAGUCCGCAUAGGGCAGAGGCCAAACUUCUGAAUGAGGAUGGAGACAGUGAACAUUCGAGUGAGGGGUCACUACCUAGGAGUGUUGAUUCUGGCGGUAAGAGUCAUUACGUCGGACAUCGGGGGUACAUGUCAGAUGGGGCAUACGAAGCUGCUGGGAGUUAUUUCAGCCCUGCGUUGUCUCCUAGUCAAUACGGCAGUGCUAAUGACAGGGAUUACUUAAAGUACAUGUAUUCUGAUGGUGGGGGAAUGCCAAGAAAAUUAAACCCCAAAUCACCUUCAAAAGCUAUUCCUAUUGGUACACAACAGCCAAAUCUGACGGUGAGAAGUAACAUGACGUUCGAGGCGGUGGAAAGGGUGGCCCAGUCAGAGAGUUACUCUGGGGGCCAGCCCCUUCAGGAUUACAUAUCACACCGAGGCUACGACCAGGCCAAGAAAUUUCAAGGAGGAUUCAGGGAAAUGUUACACUCUAAAGCCAAAUAUGGCCGCUUACCUCGGAGUCGUUCUCCUGAGUGUUACAAUUCUGAUUCGGAAGUUAUAUAUGCACCUCCGUCUACUCGAAGUCAGGUAGAUGCUCGGGGUUUUUCCUCUGAUUACGAGACUUACGCGGGUGGUAUGAGUGAUGAUGACCCUAUCUAUUCUAUACCUCAACUACCGUCUAGUAGUAGUACGGAGUUAGAGGAACUCUUACGGAAGUUUAACACGCUGUCACACGAGUUACAGCAGGAGCAGUGUAAACUCCAGCGCCAACUCUCUACACGGGAACGAACAGGUGUACAGACGCCCAAGAUGCCAGUCCCCAAAGUACCAACGAGUGAUUCUGAUGACUAUAGUUAUAUAUGUAGUCCUCGUCAACCACCACCGCCAGUACCCCCAGGGCCCAAAACUACAUCUCCCACUCUCGCUCGUAAGGCAGCAUCUACUCAGACACCCGCUCAUACAAAGCUCGUGCGCAAACAUAGCGCAGACGCACUACAUCAGUAUAGGACAUAUCAAAGCGAGGCUGAGACAGCAGAGACCUCCCAUACGCAUGACCAAAGACUAAUGCCCGGUUACCAUCCAGUUUCUCGUGGUGGAAUACCUGCUUCAUUAUCUACCUCAAGUGCGGCUGAAAGUAGGGCAAAGACAAUAGACAGGGACGGGAAAACUAUAUCUCGGCCAUCUUCUAGGUUUAAAGAUUUACAAUUGGUUAAGAAACCUCUUCAAAUAGCAUAUAGUGAAUUCGAAUUUUAUAGGGCAGAUAUGCGAAGACGGAUAGAGUUAUCUAGAACUUCCGGUCUAAAUGGGAUUCUGGGAAUUCACGUUUUAUCAGGACAAGGUCUAAAAUCUUCUAAGAUGUCCCUUAGAGAUUUGUAUUGUGUUGUCUCUGUAGACUCCAUGAACAAGGCCAGGACCAUGAUACGGACAGGUGCUGUUAAUUUUGAUUGGGAUGAAGCAUUCGAUGUUGAACUCGAGGACGCUAAAGAUGUGUCCUUUCUUAUAUACAAUUGGGAUCCAAAUUUCAAACAUCGUCUCUGUUUCCAUGGCACCGUGAUGCUUCCUAGUUAUAUCACCGGAAGUGGUAAAAAAAGCGUAGCGUUGAAAAUGGAGCCCAAAGGUCUUUUAUAUGUUACUUUUCUAUACCGUGAUCCAGCUGUGUGCUUUCAAAGAAUUUCUUCUCCUCGGAAAAAUGGUGUGUUCGGUAUUGACUUGGAGACAGUUAUAAAACGUGAGACGGAAUCACGGAAUGUUCCAAUUCUGAUACAGAAGUGUGUGGACGAGAUAGAACGGCGCGGCUUAGAGGUGGUGGGCAUACAUCGACUCUGUGGGUCGGCUCGACGUAAGGCUCAGCUGAGGGAAGCCUUCGAAAUGAAUGUAAUGGCGGUCAGUCUCUCUCCUGAAAACGUAUCUGACGUCCAUGUCAUUACAGGUGUGAUGAAGGAUUACCUACGAGAGCUUCCGGAACCUCUCUUCACUAACGCGCUGUACCAAAUGUUGCUGGACGCCCUCAGUGUACGGUUGCCAAGCGACCCGGAUGGAAGCGCCAAACUCAUGCUUAGUAUACUGGAGUGCCUUCCAAAAGCCAAUCAGGAAACCAUGGCUGCGGUGCUAAAUCAUCUCAAGAAGAUUGCAUCCAAGGCUGACAAGAACAAGAUGACGGUGGAGAGUCUCGCGGGCUGUUUCGGUCCCGUCCUACUCUGUCCAUCCCCAGCGUCCUCUUCAGAAACUCUGGACUUCAAAAAACACAUUGAGGUUCUAAAGUACCUUCUCGACAUCUGGCCCGAAAAUUACGAGAUGGUCAAGCUUGAAAACGGUGCUGAUACCCAAACACCCACACCGGAGGAACCAAGAGCAGAAUCAAAACCCACGACUGACCAAUCCGGACCAGCCUAGGUCAACUGUCAAGUAAUCACCAACAGGUCGAGGUUAAAGGUCAAAGGUUUUCAACAUCAGCACAGCAAUCCGACCUUACCUAGCAGACAUAUAUCAUCAACCAACAGACCUGUCUAAACUAUUACUUUUAACAAAGAACUAUUACUUUUAACAAUGAAGGGAAGGUCAAAUAUGCUGCCCCUGCCCCCCCCCCCUCCGCUAAAUUAGACCUGAUCUAUAUCAGUGCGUUAGGAGACACGCCUCUCUGGAUCAAUCAAUAUUUUUUUUUAUUUAUUGGAAGCAAUAAUAUCAAAGUACCCCAAAAAGACAAAAUGGUCACAUUUAAUUUCAUCUGUCUUGAGAUCUAAAUUAAUCGUUUUUAUUUAUUUAUUACAAAUUACAUUCUAACAGUCCAGCUUUAUAAGCAAUCCGACAUUUACAAGUCAAAAUUUGAAUUACCAGACUUCGCCCUCCUAAAGUUGAUAGGGACGACUGUCUCUAACGUAUCUCUCAGGGCCAGGCGAACUAUCUGUGUCCAGAGAUUUCCAAUCAGUGUCCAGACACACGGAUGUAUAUUCGAAUGACCAGUAUAUUCCCAGUCCCUGUCCAAAGGUCGAUUUAAUCAGCUCUGUACACCUAACUGGUGAAGAGAUGUCAUCAAAAACACGAUAUUGUAUGCCAUUAAUUUGGACGUUUUCCUGUGUCUUCAGAUACGAACUCGUCUUUAAAGAGUGCAUGCACACCAACUCGUCAAAUCCGGUUUCCAAAAUCUCGCGUUUAGCGAGACCUCAGCGUAUACUGAUCAUCUUGCCAUGCGUUCACUUGAAAAGUUUGAUGGUUACGAGUAAGAGUUUCUUGAAGGGAGAGUUGAAUGGGUGUUGUUUAGUUGUUUGUGUAAACAUAAUUAUAAAAUCAGUUUUACGUCUUUUUAAAAAGUCACUUGUAUAUAAAUUAGCAAUAUUUUUACCAAAGAGAUCCCGUAAACAGUAUAUCAUAGAUUCCCUAUUAUAUACAAAGUAAACCUUGUUAUGUUUAGAUACUGCCGUCUAGGGACUUACUAACUAAUUACAUGUAUAUUUGUGGGAUUUGGAAGAUAUCAUUUUCACGAAUUCCAAUCGACAUUAUUUAUAUUCGUGUGGCUGUUGAUUGAGGAGUGAUUGAUAAGAGGUUUGGUGAGCAUUCCAAAUUUUUACCCUCCUCGGUAAUAUUUACUGACUAGUACCACGAAAAUAAGAUUUCGAGAGAAUUCAUUGAUUUUCAGUAUCUAUCAGUUGUUUUUAUAAAUCUUUGUUAGUAACACUGUCUAGAGUGUGUGAUAUAUCUCUAACGAACACUAAGAACAAGGUUGUGUCUGCUUCGAAAAUCGAUUUCAUCCUAUUUAUAUACAUACUAUUUGUCUAUAGAUUUGUGUUGCUAUAUAUAGCCUGUUGUCUAUUCCCACUCUUGUUUUUGGCGGGAAAUGUUGGCGUGGCUUUUCCGUCCUCAAUCAAAUAUAUGACCAAUGCAAAUCUGGGCUAAGUUCUUCAAAGUCUUAUUACAUACUGCCUUAAUACAAUUAUGCGGUUAUUUUUUUUAUACGUUAAUUUUGUACGCUAAUCUUAUAUAGUUUCAUUAUAGUUUCAAAUAUAUUAGUGGCUUUUUCAAAAAUGAUUUUAACUGUGGAUUUUUUUUUUUUUUUUUUUUUUUAGUUUCGUUACUUUUAUUCAUCAGUUCAAGUAAUUAUAGUGAGCUAUUAAAUUGCUAAGAGAAUAAGACUUUAAGAUCAAAGCCGUGUAUUAUUGAAAAAAAAAAGAUUUGCCAUGCAAUUAAUUUGCACACUCUUUUUAAUUACUUAGUAUGUUAAUGAUAAGUGUUAUUGGCUGUGUAUGUUUUAUGAUGUAUCUCUCUGUGAUUUAUAGUGUAACCGCUCAUUAAUGACUCCUGUCCUAUCAGGGUAAUAUAGAGAGUGUUACUGGUAGAGAUCUUCACUUAUUUUACCAUAGAAACAUUGAACAGUUACUUUUACAUACUAAGAAAAGUUUAACUUCGGCAAUAGUAUGAACGUAAGCAACCAGGAAGUCGGGAAAUUAAACCCCCACCAAAGAUAUAAUCGGUCUGUCCUGUAGGUAAACAAUGCCGUAAAUAUUUUCCUUGUUGGAAUCAAGCAAUUAACACAUUUCCUACACAAGAAGGACAAUUCUUCUCCCCGAUAUACAUACCAGUUUUACUUCGAGGGUAGUAAAAUGUGUCUUUUAUGAAAGAAAACAGAGGUUAUUGUAUAGUCAGCAAAGCCAAAGUAACGGGAUCUAUGUUGUUUUUACGUGGGAAGGGAGACAACCUGUACUUAAAUCUAGAUGGCGAUGUAUUUGAUGACCAAGAGAUUUUAUUUACAUUUGUUUUUUUAUUUUUUGUAUUUAAUUUGUGUAAUGUUGUUAUAUAAGUUCUUCUGUUAAAAUAUAGUAUAAUUAUAAAAAAAAAUAUACUACUUAAAACAUAUUCCCGUCAUUUUAGACGACGUUUCUCAGUUACUCAGGAGGUUUUAAUUACUCAUUGUUUAUUACAAUGUUAAACAAUAGAAAAUCUACAAAUCUGUUGUACAACUCCCGGAUGUGAUUUGGUUUAAGAGAUAUUAAACGCGAAGACAUCCCGAUAUUACAGCGGAACCUCAUUUGUCUGCUUAAUGAAAACUUCCGGUUUGAAUAAGUUCCGGAUGACUGAAACAGCAAAUGUCGUCAUUCUGAUAAUAGAAGAUGCUUAUCAAUUUAUUGUUGGUGUGAAAAUAAGGGAGAUUAUAUAUAUAUAUAUAUGUCUGUAUAUCAAUUAUAAUAAAAGUUAUUCUAAUGCUGCAGAGGUAUAUUGGCAAUAUAUAAAAACGAUAUGUAUGCAUGUAGCACUCCUACAAUAAAACUAUGGUGACGUUAUAAAGAGAAAGAGAAUAAGUACUUCUAAGUUAUUUAUAUAGAGAAUAAGUAACACUAAGUUAUUUAUAUAGAGAAUAAGUACUACUAAGUUAUUUAUAUAGAGAAUAAGUACUACUAAGUUAUU